GCGCUGCUGACGUGCAGAGCGGAUGUGGACUGGUAUAUAAAAACAUUUGGUUUGGCCAACACCGUCAUUUCCAGCGUAUCGCACCAUAUAUGCCAACGUUUGGGAAGAUGAGGAUUUUACUAUUAAUGCUGGUUUCAACCAAGUUGGUGUUCAUGGUAGAAUUUAAUUCAAGAGUAGUUGAGUGGCAAAAGUUGGCCGAAGGAACACAAGCAACCAACGUUGACAUGGGUUUAAAUUUGCCUGAUAAGCGUGUUUUUGGCGGACCUUAUGCAAACCUAGGGCAGUUUCCGUGGCACGCUCUCAUCAUAAUUGACGGCAGCAUGUUUUGCAGUGGAUCUUUGAUAUCAUCUGAGUGGAUUUUAACAUCUGGACAUUGCACAGAGUUUUACACGUACUAUAUCAGCAUUGGCACUGUUCAUUUCACCGUAGGCUCAGAAUAUCCAAAUUACAUGAACGAAGAGUACUUUGGCAUUGUUCACGAGUUGUAUGUUCCAUUCGAUCCGGCCCAACAGUCUCACAAUAUCGGUCUCUUCAAAUUGCCCACACCUAUCACGUUCACUGAUACAAUUAAGCCCAUCAAACUGCCAUCCGUCUAUGACUCCAAUAGGGAUUUUUCUGGUUCUUUGAUGACAGUUUGCGGGUUUGGGUCAUCAUCAGCAGAGUAUUCUAAUAUGCCAUAUGAUAACAAUCAAUACUCCAGCAACUUCUCUCUGAAAUACGUGCAAUUGCCGGUGAUCAACUACACCGAGUGUGCCUUGAUCUAUAGCACUAAUUUUGCGUUGCCCAACUCCGCCAUUUGCACUUACAUUAAAGGCGUCGCACCGUGUGACGGCGACGAAGGUGCCCCUUUAAUCUAUAAGGACCAGAAUGACGACUGGGUUUUGGUGGGUGUUGUUUCUUACAUCCCUUCGGAUGAUUGUUUGGCCGGUCCGACAGUCUACACCCGUGUUAGCUCUUACCUUGACUGGAUUUCAGCAACAACUGGACUUGAUUUCUUGGGAACAACAACUACCACGCCGACAACCGCCACUCGUACCAUAUCCAACGCUAAAACAAGCACAAUUAAACCGACCAUCACUACAACAACUAAAUUAAGCUUAACCAGUACCAAAUUAAUCUCAACCACACCAAGACCAACUACAACCACCACCAAAAAAUUUACAACAAUAACAAUCAAAUUGACAUCAACUUCAACUAAAAAAACCACAACUGUAGCAAAAUCAACAACAACUAAGCCAACCACGACAGCAAGACCUACAACUACAAAGACAACAACUAAACCGAACACCACCAGAACCUCAACAAAACCUACAACUACCAGAACCACGACAAAGCCAGCCACUUCCAAGACCACAACAACAAAGAAAAUUGUCACCACUACUACUAGAAAGAUUAAAUCUGGUUGACAAUUUAUAUGAUAAUAUCUGUUAACGUUUUUCUUUUAUAAUAAAUAAUGAUUUAUAAUGAAAUUAUAUUCAU